AUUCAAAACCUGGAAAAAAAAGAACCUUGCGACUAAAAUACGUAGGGACAAUCGUGCAACGUUGUGUGGGCUAUUAAAAGUACGUAGAAGAAGUCAAGAAUACCAAAAACCACGGCGGCAUGAAAUUUGUCAGGUGUGGAGCACCGUACAUGUAGCUUCCUGUUGAGCAUCUAGCUGUAAAUCUGGAGUAAGAGCAGUAUGAUGGAUAGUGAGGAGGCUCCAGCUCAGCGACCAGUCAGCUUGGACAUCACAGUAGAGGACGUAAACAAGGACCCUCAAGAACCUCCGGAGCCUACCUCCAGCCAGACGCCUUCCAGAAACAACGUCCUUCCCCAGGAAGACAGCAUCGACCUGGAUGGGGGGUUUGCCACUCCCCAGGAGGACAGCAGUACCACACCCUCAGAGAGCCUGAUGGACAAGCUCAAUGACCAGAUGAUGGAGAGCGUCAUGAUUUCUGACUCACCCAAUAACAGUGAUGAGAAUGAAGUGGCUCCCAUUGGUUCUUUUCUGGAUGGAGGGGAGGAGGAGGAUGCAGGAGAGACCUCAGGAGACAAAGAGGAACAAAGUGAAACUGAACAGAAUACAACUGAGUUUAAAGUUUCAGUGGAGGAACAGGAGAAAGAUAGUUCUGAAGAGAAAGUAGAAGAGAAAACAAAGAAGCAGACAGACACACAAGAGCAAAUUACAGCCUGUGUUUCACCUCAAGGUGUCACACAGAGUCCAUCUGAUCUUAAAAAUGAGGAACCAGCACCAGGGGCAGCCAACGGGACUAGCCCAAAAGACAAACCUGUGCCAGUGUGCACUAUAUUCAGCCACGGCACCCAGCCAAAGUCUCUGGUGCCUGACGGCUUCCAGCCCACCCUCAUCAAGUCCCCCAGCUUUAGCAUGGGGAGUGGUGGGGGAGGCGAUGAGGCAGUCACCCCCAGCAAGCUGCCCCACGCUCCCCUCGUGUGCCAGCCCAGCCCCAGCCUCAGUAAGUUCUUCACUGACAAUGGACAGGCCAAUCCAGCUUCUGACUUCUUUGAUUCCUUUACCGCCCCGUCCUCCUUCAUCUCUGUUUCCAACCCCAACGCAGAGAUCCCUCCUGGCGCCAGCCCUGCAUCCAUAGUCCCUACCCCUGACCACCAGCUCUCUUCCACUUCCUUGUCCAUCUCCACAGAGGGAGGGUCCUUGGACUCUGGUACUCCCACCCCUAGAACAGUGUUUGGUCCUGCCCCCACUGAAUCAACCACCAAGCACCAACCUCCUCCACUCCAAAUAAUCCCAGUUUCAACUCAAGCCCCCACCUCAGCCCCAGCCACUCAGCCGCAGCCCUUCAACCAGCUUCAAGCUGUAUUCUUGGGUAAUGACGACCCGUUUGCGACAGCGCUCAGCCUGAGUGAGGUGGACAGGCGCCAUGAUGCCUGGCUGCCAUCUGAGGAGACCAAGAAGGUGUUGAUCUCUGUGGCCACCCAGCAGUACAGCCCACCCUACGUAGAGACCAACAGACUCACCAUGCCUGGACUCAAGUUUGACAACCUGCAGGGUGAUGCUGUGAAAGACCUAAUGCUUCGUUUCCUGGGAGAGCAGGCAGCCAUGAAGCGUCAAGUUCUCACCGCCAACUCUGUGGAGCAGUCCUUCACGGGCCUCAAACAGCUUGUCACCAGUAAGAACUGGCGGGCUGCGGUAGAUCUGACGGGCCGGCUGCUGACAGCUCAUGGUCAGGGAUACGGAAAGGCUGGCCAGCCAACCUCCCACACCACCGAGUCACUGCAGCUCUGGUUUCUUCGGCUGGCCCUUCUCACCAAGCUAAACCUCUUCCAAAAUGCUGAGCUUGAGUUUGAACCAUUUGGCAACCUGGAUCAUCCAGACCUCUAUUAUGAGUACUACCCCACUGUAUAUCCUGGGAGGAGAGGUUCCAUGGUGCCGUUCUCCAUGCGGUUGCUGCAUGCAGAGCUUCCCCAGUACCUGGCCAAGCCCCAGGAGGCUCUGGACCGCCUGCACAAUCUCAAAACCGUCUGCCACGCUAUUCUAGAGAACUUGAAGAAAAGCUUGGCUGAGGAUGGCAGCAUGAUCACCCUAACACAGGAGAACAGGCAAGCAUCGCUUGAACUGUGGCAGUCUCGCCUCAGCCGGGUCAUGUACUCCAUGGCCAACUGUCUGCUGCUGAUGAAGGACUAUGUUCUGGCCGUGGAGACCUAUCACUCCAUCAUCCAGUAUGAACCUCAGCAGCGAGUUCAACUGCUGAGUGGUAUAGGACGCAUCUUCUUGCAGAUCGGAGACGUUAAAACAGCAGAGAGGUACUUUCAGGAUGUGGAGAAAGCCUGCCAGAUGAAAGGGAACCAAUCCAGUCACAUCACAUGCAUGUUGAUGAACAGGGCUUUUGUCUACCUCAGUCAGAAUAACUAUGCUGAAGCACAUGCAUCCUUCACUGAAGUGUUAAAAAUUGACGCAAAAAACCCUGUUGCCAACAACAACGCAGCAGUGUGCCUUCUAUACCUGGGCCGUUUGAAGGAGUCCCUAGGCCAGCUAGAGGGUCUGGUGCAGCAGAACCCCGGGCUCUACCUCCACGAGAGCGUCCUCUUCAACUUGACCACCAUGUACGAGCUGGAGUCAUCUCGCAGCACCCAAAAGAAGCAGGCUCUGCUGGAGGCCGUGGCCUGUCGGGAGGGGGACAGCUUCAACACACAGUGCCUCAAACUGGUUUAAGAGGCAGGAGCUUGGACUGGGAGAGGACACACUACUGCAGAUUUCCUCCAUUGUGACAGGAAGUAAACCCCCAAGAGUAGAAUCCACCUACCAGCACCUCUAAAGCUCAGUAAUUAACAAGUUAGAAAUUGUUAGUUUAUUCUGAUCUAAAGCAAUUGUAUGAAACAUUAUAGUUUUACAGGGGGUUAUGUACUAGACUAUUUCUUGACCCUUCCCAGUUAUUUCCAGAGGUUGCCAAGCAACAAGCAGAGACUCAUUGAAGUCACUGCACCCAGACAAGAAAUGGGAGACUGAGGGGUCGCUACAACCUGCAAGGUGAGAGUCAUUUGACCAACAGGGGUUGCUGUCAAUAAGCUAAUCAUCACUACCUAAAUUGUACCUAAACGUAGUGUGUUUACAGCAGACUGUGCAUGACAUUGUCAUAUUGUUAUUUUUUAGACCAUGUUCGGGUUUGACAAUUUCAUGCACUUUUAUGUUACAAUGGAUGUAUUACAGUAGGAAUUUACAUUUAAAAAUUACGUUUUUUUUGUCUUUCUACUACAUUUCACUAUUUCCUUUUCAUUACCUGUUAUCUACAACCUGACAUUGUGAACAGUACUGGUGACUCUUUUGCUGCAUGACACAUACAUAUGAAAGAAUCUGAGAGAAAAUUCUUUGAUAAUAACGCUGUACAACAGAAAAGUUUUUAAAAUCUUAUUAAUCAGAAGUUAUGUUGCUAUGAUUAUUAAUGAAGGGUAUAUACACCAAUCAGCCACAACAUCAAAACAACUGACUGGUUUUAAUGUUGUGGCUAAAUGGUGUGUGUUUGUCUAUAUACAUAUACGUGUGUGUGUGUGUGUGUGUGUGUGUGUGUGUGUGUGUGUACAUAUACCACAACAGCCACAACAUUAAAAAGUCACAGAUCGUUGUAUUUUGGCACAAGGUUGUCUUGCUACAAGUAUCUAGCUUGCUUCUCGAAUAGAUCCUUCACAUUUGCAAUGAUUACAUUCAAAUCAGUGAUAAGGUUCCCCUUUACUGUUGAGAAUACCAAUAAUUUUUCACGGACAGCUGUAUUAAGCAUAUUGGCUUUUAUGUUACAAAUGGACAGAUUAGCAAGACUACCAAAACCUAACCCACUGACACCUUUAGCUACCUUGAUCAGUUGAGGGACCCUUACCUUGCAGGUCGCGGCAAGUAGCAGUCCCUUAAGUAUGUCCUGUUCAAUGCUCCUUCAUUAGCAGACACCUGGAUUAACAAUCAAAGACCGAUCAGUUUCAGAUGAACGUUUUUGCCAGGUUUAUUAACUCAUGUGGUGAAGAUAAGCAAGUCCUUCAAAUUGCAUUGUAUCCUGCCUUCUAAACAAAAAAAAAUCAUGUCAAUUAUUAAGGAAUCCAAAACUGUUCAGAGUACAUACAUUUUUGUUUAAAUUAUUAUAUAAAGAUUAUUGUCUUCUUAUAUCUAUUAUUGAUUUGUCCGGGUUGAUCUUUAAUUAUCACUGUUUGCAUAUUGUGUUGAUCACAUUUAUGUAUAUUUAAAAAUGCAUCUGCUUUUACCUUUUAAUAAAACUGUCAACUUGCAUAGUAAAUUAU